GACAGACCCUGUACUUCAACAGUUCAAUCAUCACAUUUGUAUGACGUGUCUGUUAAAUAAUAUGUAAAAUUACUUCGCUCAUUGAAAAUUAGGGCACUAAAAACGCCAUUAAGUGCAAAAAAUUUCUGCAAUAGUUUGUUUUGGGCCUUACACUGAAUUCAAGGUCAUAUUGUCAUAAUUUGUAUAGUAGUUCAACCCUAGCUAAACAAGACAGCCUUUCAAACUACCAAUACAGCUAAGGCAAGCAAUGCAUAAUGUCGAAUCGUAAAUCAAACAGUGCAACAGCUAGAUUGAAGCAAGAUUAUUUGCGACUAAAAAAGGAUCCCGUGCCGUACAUAACGGCAGAACCUUUACCAUCAAAUAUCUUGGAAUGGCAUUAUGUUGUGACCGGUCCAGAGUCGACCCCUUAUGAUGGUGGAUUUUAUCACGGCAAGCUGAUUUUUCCGAAAGAAUUUCCGUUUAAACCCCCAUCUAUCUACAUGAUAACACCUAAUGGACGUUUCAAAACAAAUACCAGAUUGUGUCUUAGUAUAUCAGACUUUCACCCUGAUACUUGGAAUCCUGCUUGGAGUGUUUCUACAAUAUUAACGGGCUUGUUAAGUUUCAUGAACGAGAAAAGUCCGACAAUGGGAAGCAUUGAUACCACGGACUAUGAAAAACGAUCUUUGGCAUUUAAAUCCUUGGAAUUUAACUUACGAAACAGGCAGUUCUGCGAGCUAUUUCCAGAUAUCGUAACGGAGAUUCAGGCGGAGCUAGAAAAACGGGUUGCUCUAAAUAAAUCUGUCGAGAACCAGAACCAAAAUCAACAGGCACAGGAGUCUAGUAAUCUACAGUCGAUAUUAACUAACAUAAUUGUUUUAAUAGGAUUUGCAGCUUUUGCGUUUACAGUGAAGUUUGUGAUGAAAACCUCUUAUGCAGAUUCCGAAUAAUGGCUAUAGUAUUAAAUUUUGUACUGUAAUUGUAAUGUAAGAUAUGUGUUAAUCUAUGCACGUGACAAUUUUGAUCAUGUGGUCUAGUUGUAAAAGUUCCAUGAGAGAUUCUAGAAUCUUUAGUUAAAUGCUAAUUUAUAUCAUGUAAAUAAUAAAGUUCUACUUAAUUAUGUUAA